GGAGGGCGGAGGGAGUUUAACGUCUUUCAGGAAGAACAUUGGUUUCGAAAGUUUCCUUUAUUUGUUUCAUGUGUUUCGCGUCUGCUCCUCCGCCGCGUUUGGAAAUUAUCUGCAAGUCAUUUUGGCCUCGGACGGAUCCGUUUAAGCGUCGUCAUGACGCUUUAAUCGGUUAAUUACACUUAGAAGAAGCGGUCGGAUGGACUUAAGUUAGACCAGCGCCAGGAAACAGGUUGUGAGCCGAGUGGAGAGACAUGGCCAUCGCUCAUGUGGCUACAGAGUACGUGUUCAGCGACUUCCUGCUGAAAGACCAGAACCCGGGCCGAUACCGCAGCGUCCGGACCGAGCUGGCCGUGGACAAGAUGGUGACCUACGUGGCGGUCGGCCUCCCCCUCCUCCUCAUCUCCCUGGCUUUCGCUCAGGAGGUCUCGGUUGGGACUCAGAUCAGCUGUUUCGCUCCGUCUAACUUCUCAUGGAGGCAGGCUGCUUACGUGGACUCGUACUGCUGGGCGGCCGUGCACACUCACACUCUGCCUAUGUGGCUGCACAAGUUCUUCCCCUACAUCCUGCUGCUGGUGGCCGUGCUGAUGUACAUCCCGGCCUUGUUCUGGAGGUUUUCCACGGCGCCGCUGCUUCAGUCAGACCUCAGCUUCAUCAUGGAGGAGCUGGACCGGUGUUACAACCGCGCCGUCACUCUGGCCAAACAGAUGAUGCUGUCCAACCCAGAGAGCGAUCCCACCGACGGCUGCUUCAAUUACCCGCUGGUGGAGAAGUUCCUGAUGACCAAGCGUUCGUCGCGGCUGCUGCUGUUUAACUACCUGCUGUGUCGCGGCCUGACUCUGGUCACCCUGGUGUGCGCCUGCUUCUACCUGGGCUACUACCUGCGCCUGGCGUCCGUCACGGACGAGUUCGGCUGCCCGCUGCGCGUCGGCCUGCUCGCCUCCGACCCCACCGUGCCCGAGAAAGUGCAGUGCAAGCUCAUAGCCGUGGGAGUCUUCUCUCUGCUGAGCCAGGUCAACUUGUUCCUGUUCGUUGCAAUGAUUCCUGCCGUGAUCUACGCCGCCCUUCGUCCACUCAUGUGUCGCAGACCCGCAGACUUCCUGGAAAUCUACCAAUCACUGCCCACCGUCAGCAUCCUGCCGGCACCCGGGGGCCAAUGCAACGACCUCUCGCUGUACCUGCUCUUUGUGGAGGAGAACCUCAGCGAACUGAAGUCCUACAAAUAUAUCAAGGUGUUGGAGAUGUUGAGGAAACGAGGCGAAUGCUCCGGGGAGAACUUCGACGCCAUGGGUCUGCUGCAGACUCUGGUCACGGUGAAGAUGGACAACAUGGACGGGACCAGAACUCCGGCCGCUGCAGAAACACAGGAUCAAGAGAAAAUAAACGCAGCAGCCGGAGCGACGAAGAGCGGCGGCGAUGGUCAGAAGUCUGUGGCAGGAAACAACGGGAAGGUGGAAACGGAGAUGAAAGAGCUCAGUCCGUUGCUGCCAGAAAACCGUGAUGUUACUGGAGUCCGGGGCAGCCCGGGGGGGUCGGGGGGGUCGGGGGGGGCGGUCCGGCAGCGAGCCAUCUGACGGACCACGAUGGAGCUACAACUCCUUCCUAAUGGAGGAAAUAAAAACAACCUUUUAGAGGCGUCAGCGUGGGACACACAAACUUCAGAUUGGAGUGAUUUGGUUGAUUAUUAUUAAUAUUAUUUUUCCACUAGAGGAAUCAGUGUAGUUUAACUCUUGGUGCAUUUUUCAGUUUCACAGCCAAAAACACUACAAUAACAAACACAUGCAACUACACAUUAUAGUUGCAUACCUCUUUAUCUAUGUAUAAAAACUGAAGUCUGGUUCUAGGACACUGGCGUCUUAAAGGAAACGCUGCACAUGCAUCGGUUGGUUGAUCUCUGGUUGUGACUCAACGUGGUUUUAUUACAACUACAGGCUUUAUAGAACAGAACCGAUUCAACAGAUCUGCACCAUUAAUCACUGCACACGUGUAAAAUAUUACACUGGUUAACUGAAGAGUUGGAUGCAGCUGCUGCUCUGGUGCCUGACAGUCAAAGCUCAGGGUCACACAGCGACUUUCAGUCUGGAUAAAAACAUGAUGCAGCGCAGACUUUUGCAGGAGUUACCACAAGCUGAAAGUGCAGAGACGUGUUGUGAGAAAAUGAAGCGUCCUCUUUCGAUAGCGUUCGUGUUCCUCGUUAUUCUAAGUGAUGCUCACAUGUCCGGUUGUUUUUCUGAGAACUUUAUUAUAUGCAGAAAGUUGCAGAACAGUUAACGGAAACGUGGUGGUUUUGUUUUUUUGUUUUGUGAAGACUGAAAAUAAAACCUCUUACUUUAAGGUUCGAGUUAUAGACAUUUUGCAAAGUGCUGUUGCACGGUUUUCAUUUGCACAGUCUCUGUGGUUCGUAUGAGAUCGUCAGUCACAUUUCAGGUUAAAGAAACCACUAAAACCUGCUCUGACUGCUCAGAGGAUUCGCUCUCUUGUUCUCUCUGUAUUUGUCUGAUGUAGAUGUAACUGGAUAUUUGACGUUUAAGGUACGAGAUGCUUUACAAAUUCUCAGUGUUUUACAGGAAAGGAAACACGACCAGUGCCUCAUCUUCUUUUCUGUUUAGAUUUAAUUAUUCUGCCAGAACCUCAGCCUGGAAAUAAACUUGUCGCACACGCUGGAGGAUCUCAGGGAUAAAAACACCUUAUGGCAGGUUGUCCUCAGCGUUUAGCUUAGCUUAGUUUAGUUGAGUUUAGUUUAGUUUAGUUUAGUUUAGUUUAGUUAGUUCCUUUUCGGAUAAUUUUAACUGAUGUGUGUGUUUUGUUGUGUUAUUGGGAGGUCAUGUCUGUGCAAUGUGUAAAGAGAAACUGAUGCAUGUGGACUUUUCUAGUGUUGAUGUGAUCGACGGCUGCGGCCGUAAAAAAAUAAAUAAAACAGCUGAAUUGUGUCUGAUUAUUGUAA